AUGAGCCGGCAACCCGUUCUGCUGGAGAAAACCCCAACAGACAGGAAGCAUGGCUGGGGGAUGGGCCGCCCUUUCCCCACCCCCGGCCCUGGGGAGGAGGACGCACACCUGCUUCUCAAAGCUCGACAGCAGUGCUCCCCCCCACUGACCUCCUCCUCCUCUUCCUCCUCCUCCCCUAGUCCCCCAGAGGCCGGGCCCCCCGAUUCCUCUCCUGGCCCAGCCAUGGUGAGAAUCCUGCUGCUCCUCUCCCUGGCCCUGGUCCUGCACUGCAAAGCCGGACGGACCUCCAGCUGCUCCAACCCGGAGAGGGUUCGGGGGACGGUGGGAUCCCGGGUGCAUCUGCCCCUGGUCCUGGAGGGGGCCAACGAGACCACACCGGUGACCAUCAAGCUGCAGAGCCGGGGGCAGCAGAACAAGAAGAAGGUGUUUUCGGGGCAGAAGAAGAACCUGGUCGGAAAACUGGAGGCCCGUUACACCUUCUUCCCCGAAAACUCAUCGCUGGAGAUCGCCGAGGCCUCCUAUGGCGACGCCGGCACCUACGAGGUCUCCGUGGAGGCCGGAGACUGGUUCAAGGAGUUUUGUCUCGAGCUGGAGCUGUUCGAGCGGGUCUCGGCGCCGUCCAUCGGAGUCAACUUGACGCUGGGGAACGGCAGCUGCGACCUGACGCUGGCCUGCCGGACGGAAAGCAAGGAGCCCGUGGGCUUCAACUGGACCUGGACGGUGGGUGGGGGGGCCUGGACCCCCCGGCUCCAAGGAAACAUCCUGCAUCUCACCCUCACGCCGGUGGCUCCCAAUUUCUCCUGCACCUGUAUCGCCUACAACGCCGUCAGCUCCGCCGAAACCCACUUCUUCAGCUCCUGGGACCGCUGCAGGGUCAGAGAUGGUUCUCUCCAGCCCCCGCGGUGGCCAAUAUAUUUGGCACUGUCCCUCGUAUGCCUGGCGGCCUUAGCCAUGAUCUUGGCGAUCGCCCUCGUGUCCAGAAAGAAGAGCAAGUCAGCCCACUUCCAGCCUCCGGUCCUCACCAUCUACGCCCAGGUGCAGAGAGCUCCUCCCAAGAAGAAGCCGGAGUCCCCCACGGACAAGGACCCGUGUUCUACCAUCUACGUGGCUGCCACCGCCGUGCAGCCCUCCGGGUCCCCGCCCCCGCCCCAAACCCAGAGCUGCAGCCCCAUGACAGUUUAUGCCAGCGUGACGCACCCGGACAGCUGACCCCCGCUCCGACCCGAGCAAUCCACAGAAGGGCCUACCUGACUUCGUGAACUUUGACCCCACCCUGAGGGUACCGCCACCAUCGCC